AGGCACUCCCAGCACCAGUUGCUAACCAGCCUACCUACUUGCUUCCCCUGCGUACUGCCGGCUGCCUUGAAUGCCUCGUGCACCGAGCUCCUUGUGGGUCUGACAGAGCAGGGACCAUGUCUACCUUCGGCUACAGGAGAGGACUUAGCAAAUAUGAAUCCAUCGAUGAGGAUGAACUCCUGGCCUCCCUGUCAGCCGAGGAGCUGAAGGAGCUAGAGAGGGAGCUGGAAGAUAUUGAACCUGAUCACAGCCUUCCCGUGGGGAUGAGGCAAAAGAGCCUGACCGAGAAAACGCCCACGGGGACAUUCAGCAGAGAGGCACUGAUGGCCUAUUGGGAAAAGGAGUCCCAGAAACUCUUGGAGAAGGAGAGGCUGGGGGAGUGUGGAAAGGUUGCAGAAGAAGACAAGGAGGAGAGUGAGGAAGAGCUUAUCUUUACCGAAAGUAACAGUGAGGUUUCUGAGGAGGUGUAUACGGAAGAGGAGGCCGAGGCCGAGGAGGCCGAGGAGGAGGACGACGAGGAGGAAGAGGACAGCGAAGGAGAGGAAAGAACGAUUGAAAACGAGAAAGGGAUGAAUGGAUCUGUACAUUACGGUAGUGUCAGUUCCGACAGCUCGAGGCCAGAGACGUUUAAAAGUCAAAUUGAAAACAUCCAUCUGACCAACGGCCACAGCGGAAGGAACACAGAGUCCCCAGCUGCCAUCCACCCCUGUGGAAACCCGACGGUGAUCGAGGAUGCCCUGGAAAAGGUGAAAAGCAAUGACCCCGACACCACGGAAGUCAAUCUGAACAAUAUCGAGAACAUCACGUCGCAGACCCUCACCCGCUUCGCGGAGGCCCUCAAGGCCAACACGGUGGUGAAGACCUUCAGUCUGGCCAACACGCGCGCCGACGACAGCGUGGCCACUGCCAUCGCGGAAAUGCUCCGAGUCAACCGUCACAUCACCAGCAUCAACAUCGAGUCCAACUUCAUCACGGGCAGGGGCAUCUUGGCCAUCAUGAGGGCUCUGCAGCACAACCCCGUGCUCGCCGAGCUGCGCUUCCACAACCAAAGGCACAUCAUGGGCAGCCAGGUGGAGAUGGAGAUCGUCAAGCUGCUGAGGGACAACACCACGCUGCUGAGGCUGGGUUACCAUUUCGAGCUCCCAGGACCAAGAAUGAGCAUGACCAGCCUCUUGACCAGAAACAUGGAUAAACAGCGGCAGAAGCGGAUGCAGGAGCAAAAACAGCAGGAGGGGUACGAGGCAGGAGCCAACCUUAGGACCAAAGUCUGGAGAAGAGGAACGCCCGGCUCUUCACCUCUCGCAUCCCCCAGGCCCUCUCCCCGGUCAUCCCCCAAGCUCCCCAAGAAAGUCCAAAUUGUGAGGAGCCGUCCUCCAUCUCCGGUGGCCCCGUCCCCUCCUCCGCCGCCGCCGCCGCCCCCUCUUCCUCCCGAAAGGCUGCCCCCCCCUCCUCCUCCGCCUCCGCCCCCUCCGCUCCCAGAGAAGAAGCUCAUCACGCGGAACAUCGCAGAAGUCAUCAAACAGCAGGAGAGCGCCCAGCGGGCCUUACAAAAUGGACAGAAAAAGAAAAAAGGGAAAAAGGCUAAGAAACAGCCAAACAGUAUCCUAAAGGAAAGUAGAAAUUCCCUGAGGUCAGUGCAGGAGAAGAAAAUGGAAGACAGUUCCCAACCUUCUACCCCACAGAGAUCAGUUCACGAGAAUCUCAUGGAAGCUAUUCGGGGAAGCAGCAUGAGACAGCUAAAGCGCGUGGAGGUUCCAGAAGCUCUGCGAUAAAAACCCGAUCUUUAGAAGAGGAUGCAGAAUUAUUCAGUGGCAUUAGAUAAAAUGCAUUGUGAGAUGUUUCUAAAAUACCUUCUUCAAUUUGAAAUGUUCUCUGACUUUAAAAGUAGCCUCACCCAUUAAUUCCAAAGAGAAUUUUAAGAAACUAUCUGCAUGUUUCUUCUGUAAAUAUGAAAAUAAACUUCUUUUUUAUGUCAUGAGAUUUGUAUUGGCAAGAAGCAGUUUAUUUAAACAUGCUCUGGCUGUGUUGGUAAUUCUGAGCUGUAAUGAGUUAAUGAAAUGUGCUGUUAUUUUUGUAAUCCCAAUAAAUCUGGAUUGAAGUUUU